AUGACCAACCCUACCCUCAUCAUCACCGGCGCCUCCCGCGGUAUCGGCCGCUCAAUUGCCCUCCUUGCUAUCCAGAACUUGAACGCCAACGUUAUUGGUGUUGCCCGCUCCCAGGCCGCCCUCCAGGAGCUCUCGAGCCAUAUCGAGACAGAGCUCAAGUUGAAGGAUCGCUUCAAGUUUGUUGUUGGCGAUGUCACUGCCGAGUCGACCGCUGUCGAGGUCGUCGAUGUUGCCACCAAGUCCUGGAGCGGUCGUCUUGACGGACUUGUUCUUAACGCUGGUAUUCUUGAACCUCUUGCACCCAUCGCCAACACCAACGUCAAGGACUGGAAGCACAACUUUGAUGUCAACUUCUUCUCAAUCAUCACCCUCGUCCAGCACGCCCUCCCUGCCCUCCGCGAGUCUAAGGGUCGUGUCAUAUUUGUCAGCUCUGGCGCUGCUGUCAAUGCUUACCACGGCUGGGGCGCCUACUGCGCAUCCAAGGCUGCCUUGAAGAUGUUCGGAGAGAUCCUCGCCAAGGAGGAACCCGAGGUGACCUCUGUCUCUAUCCGCCCUGGUGUCGUCGAUACCGAGAUGCAGGCCGUCAUUCGUCGUGAAGGUGCCACCGGAAUGGUCCCCACACAGCACGCCCAAUUCGUCGACCUCCACACCAGCAAGAAGCUGCUCCAUCCCGACCAGCCCGGCCACGUCAUUGCCAACUUGGCCGUCAAGGCCCCUUCGUCGAUCAGCGGAAAGUUCUUUUCAUGGGACGAUGAGGAGUUGGCCGCCCACCAAUUGCCCUAA